AGUCACGGUUCUUUGAAAUUUAUUGACUUUCCAAGUUCGCCAGUAUGGGUCCGCCAGCACCAAAGCCUGCUCGGAGGAGGAACAGAAAACGCAAGAGACGCGCCGUGUCCUCUGGUUCUUCAUCUUCUGAUGAUGAUUCGUCUUCGGAUGAAUCCAUACCUCAAAUCCCGGCACCUCUCCCAACCAAAGAACCAGAAUCCGAUGCGACUUCGUCGUCUGAAUCCUCAUCCUCGGACAGCAGCUCCGAAUCAGAUGACGACGACGCUGGUACAUCUAGGGUAAAGGAGCAGAUCGACAAUCUCAAAGUUCCUCAUGAAAAACAUGCUCCUCGGCCAAGAUCACCUUCACCCCCUCCGCCCAGCGCAGAAAUACCGUCUUUUCUACCGUCAAAUCCUUCCGCAGAUGACGUGGCGCGUGAACAAGCGAUGAAAGACAAAUUCAGGAAGUUCUGGAUGUCAUCCCUUGCAGAAGGAUUUAAAGAAGAUCUAGAGGAAAUACGAAAGGAGCCGAACUUGGGAUCCUCCAGGCUAGCCCUGCUUAUUGAUUCGCUGGCAGCUGGAGCAGACGUUUUCACGUCAUCCGCGUCCGCCAAUGGGACAGACAUGAAUGAGAUGGAUGUUGUGAUGGGCGAAUAAUACAAAAGUCCAUUAGUUGUGUUAGACCAUCGACGUGCAUUGAGAUCAUUCUCGCAACGACCACAUUGAAUGAUCUAGACACGCUCUACUUGGCCGUGCAUGUCAGAGCUGGCUGGCAGAUUUGAAGGUCCGCAUCGCAUGGGCCCUGUCCUGCGUCUCAACCAGAGAUAUCAAAUGCAGUCUGUUCUACACAGUCGCAGUCAGUAAUCUUAGCGGAGGGAGGCGUCCAAUGAAUAUGUAGUACACAAUGACAAAGGCGAGUCUGAUAAAAUUAGAGCAGUAUCCCUUGCUCCCGUUCAUCUGCAAGUUGGCUGUUGCUUUAUGGUUGUUGUACUAAUUUCCGCUUGUAUUCCCAACACGCUUGGCUGUGUAGGGCGAUAAUACACCAUUCAACACCAAAACUUAGGCAAAUGUGGGAG